AUGGGGUAAAUCUGGGAGGGUUGUGGGAGGGUGCAUUCCCCGGGAGGCUAUGCACGCGAACGGCCUAGGACGUGACAAUGGCCAAGCUGCCCUGUGAUUGGCCAGCGCUGGUCACGUGACGACCGACUCACCAAAGCGUGAUAAUGGCGAAGUGCAGUAGGCCUGGGACAGUAGGCCUAUCAGUACGGCCAUCAUCUGUCGCCCGCGCGCUGUCAUGAGCUCCUAUUUUGGCAAUGUGGCUGCGGCUGGUAGCUGGGGCACCGCCGCUCAGGAUCACUAUGCCUAUAUGCAAGGUUCUAAGAGCCCUGUGGGGUAUUCAGACCCUUCACAGGCCUACUCGCAAUACGGAACAGCCAUGCACGGCUACCGCUACCCAGCAACAUACUUGGGAAACGCAGCAGCUAUCAAAAGCGAGUACGAUCAAACCACCAGCACUUCCACGCCAUCGCCAGCGCCUCCGCCUUGCUACGAUACCAACCAAGGGUUCUACACCUCCAUGGCCUCACCCAGGAGCGGUCAGCACACCCCAACCCAGUCUUCCAGCCAGCCAUCACUUCCCAACACGCCCACUCCUUCAACACCACAAGCUGCCGUCAGCCCAGCGAACAGUGAUUACCACAGUGCCAAAAUGAACGCUUGUUACUUCAAUACAGUGAGUGGAUUAGCCACACCAGCAGUUACUUCAGUGCCUCCCACAGUGCCUCUCAGUCCAACGGAUGCACACCUCUAUGGAGGGUCUCCUGCUCCUGCAGAAGGCGUCAUGCAACCCUACACCUCCAAGACUCAGACACCGGCUAACUACUAUCAGUGGGUGAAAGCUUAUCCUGCAGCAGGGCAGGAGCCUGGAGCGGGACCCAAGAGAACCAGACAGACCUACACUAGGUACCAGACACUGGAGCUGGAGAAAGAGUUCCACUUCAACCGGUACCUGACACGGCGACGACGGAUUGAGAUCGCUCACGCCCUCUGCCUCUCAGAGCGACAGAUCAAAAUCUGGUUCCAGAAUCGGAGGAUGAAGGCCAAGAAGGAGGCCAAGAUGUCGAACGACAGCGCCGGGGAGAAGAGCGAGGAGAGCGAAGAGAAAGAAAUUAGUGACACCAGCUCCUCAUCCCCUGUGCUCCUGCAGGGGGUGCUAGCGGGGACGCUGUCAGCUACUUGA